AUGAGGGGCGGGACGAGGCUGCUCUGCGCGCUAGCGCUGGCGCUGCUCUGCGUGGCCACCCACUUCCAGGUCGCAUCCUGCAAAGGAGGACGCGGCGGCGGGUCGGGAAGAGGCCGCUCCGGCCCCGGCCGCCCGUUCCUCGGCGGGGUCGGUGCGGGCGCCGCCGCCGGCGUCGGCGCGAGGACGGCCUCGGGAGGAUCGCACGGCCACCACAGCGCCGCAGCGGGCGGGCCUGGCGUGUGGAGGGUGGCCGGAGCCGGCGCCGCCCUCACCGCCGCGGCGCUCGCCUGGUUCUGA